AUGUCAGAACCAACUUGUUCUGCUAGCUAUCAUGUGCUCAAAAGUGAUCCAGAACUAAACGAACCUCCAGCAUUGCUAGCAGAAGAUGAAUCCGAAGCAGACGACGAUGAAGGCACAAAUAAAUCUCCUUUGUGGAAGGCGUUAAUAAAUUUAAUGGGCGACCUCGAGGGUACAGGCACUCUCGCCCUACCUUAUGCGAUAUCGCAGAGUGGAUUAAUAGCAAUAUCAGGCUUGAUUAUCAUUCCAUUUAUCGCUUUCUACACUGGAGCAAUCUUGAUUGACUGCCUUUACGACCAGAACGAUGCUGGAGAAAGGGUUCGUGUCAGAUCCAACUAUAAACAACUUGGUGAAGCUUGUUCGUCGCGUUAUAGCGGUACCAUAGUUUCCGCUAUCCAACUAAUACAUCUUUUCCUUGUGGCAUCUCUGUACCUUGUACUAUGUGCUUCGCUUGCUACCGGUAUUUUUCCAGAUUUACCGCUGUCCGACAAAUUCUGGAUGUUUAUUGCAGCCGCUGUUGUUCUUCCUACCUUGUUUCUAAAGGAUUUCUCGCAAGUCGCUUGGUUGAGUUUGAUAAAUGUGAUAGGUUUUUAUAUAGCUGUGGUUACUGUUUUAUCCUAUGGGAUAACACAUCAUUUAUCGUGGAAUCCAAUUAUAAUCUCAGUAUUGGAUAUAGAGAGUGCACCUGUUUCCCUGGCAGUUAUCUCGUAUAGUUAUAUUUGCCACUCUACUUUGCCUGGCCUUGAGGCAAGUAUGGAAAACAAGUCGCAAUAUCGCCCAAUGCUCGGACUUGCUUUCUUCUUCGCUGCCAUCAUAAAGGUGAUCUUUUCAGUGUUUGCAUUUUUGUCCUUUAGUCCUAACAUCCAAGAAGUAAUCUCUAAUAGCCUUCCCAUGGGUGUUAUUCGCACCCUUGUCAACACGUCUUUAAUUUUGAGCGUAGUUUUUUCAUAUCCUUUUUUGGUAAUAUCUAUCAUACAAAUAAUCGAAGAUUCAGUGUCCGAAGAUUGUUUUUCACUCAAAAUACCUCGUAUUGUUUGGUUUGUUGGCAUUCGAGUUGCAACAAAUUUCCUUACUCUCCUUCCAGCAAUUUUAAUCCCACAUUUUGCGCUCUUUAUGGCUUUUAUUUCAAGUUUAACAGGAUCAGCGACAAUGUUUAUUUUACCGGCUCUUUUCCAUCUCAUUUUGAAAAAGAAAGAUCUAAAACUGUACCAUUAUAUUUUCGACAUUUUAAUUCUUAUCUUUGGUGUUUAUGUUGGAGUAGUAGGUUUGUUAUACACCGGGAAAUCAUUGUUUAAAACUAUCUUCCACGAUAAUUGA